UUCUUUUCCAUAUUCGUGUUCCAUCUUCCCUCUCGCUCUCUCUCGCUCUCUCUCUAAACCCUAGGGAGAGAGGGGGUUAGCCCGUCCGUUCAAUCCCCAGUUCCAACCUCCGUCUCCGCCCGUCGAACAUGUGCUCCGGUGUGGAAUCUUGAGGUCGAGAACCGGAGAAAUCUUGAAGAGGCGGAAGGAGUGAUAGAAUGUCGUUCUCUUUCUUUUCGACUCCACAGCCACAACAGCAAUCUCUGUCGCCGUUUCAGCCCCAGCAGCAGCAGCUGCAGAGCACCCCCAUUUGGUCGCAACAACAACAGCAACAGCCUCAGCAACAGAUUCAGCAGCAGCAGCAGCAGCAGCAGCAGCUUUAUCUUUUCACGACCGAUAAGACCUCGGCGAGUUACGGCACCAAAUGGGCGGAUCUCCACCCGGAUUCUCAGAAGAUCCUGCUUCAGAUUGAGGAGAAGAUUCUAGAAUACAGGGUUGAGAGCCAGAAGCUCGAUCAAUGUAGCCGCCUUUAUGAUUCUUCUGUUUCCAGUGAUGGUUUCGAGCAUGAUGCGAGUCAUAUUGUACAGGAGCUUGGUGGAAUCAACACCUCUAUGGAACGUCAAAAAGCUUUGCUGCAGGAGUUGAUGGCUGCCGUCAAAGACAUGCUACGCAACACCGAGGUAGCGGUUCGUUCUUUCAUGAUGAUGCGACCAAGGUUCAUUCAUUCAAAUGUUGGAAGCAGUACAAAUGCCACACCACAAUCCCAAACUCCGGGAGCAACGGUUACUCCGAGUUCAAGCGGUCAACCAGCAUCAACCUCUGCAGUUCCCGUGUAUGAUUUUUAUAGUGGACUUCCGAAGAAACCAUCUGCCUUUUUACAGCAAACAGUGGCCAGAUUUGAGAAGUAUCUUGGUGCAUGCCGCCAGUGGGUCGAAGAGUUGGAGCAGCUCCUGCUUUUGGGUUCGGACAGGAAUGGUACCAGUCUUAGUUCCUCAUUGGUGGAAUCUCUUCCCAAAGUCAUAUCAAAUGUGCACGAUUUUUUUGUUCAUGUUGCAGCCAAGGUGGAGAGCAUUCAUCAAUACAUUGGAUCAAUGAAAACUGCAUAUCUUGCCGACCAACGCCGUCGAGGUGAUGGGAAUGAUCCAUUUCUUGAGGCGGACAGACGCCAGACUGCCAGACAAGAAGCUGCUGCCAAGAGGGUACAUCCAACCUUGCAUUUGCCUCCAGUUUCUCAACCUUCAACACAAGUUGCUGGUCUUUUUGCCAGCUCUGCAACUCCAGGGGUGUCGACUGCUCCCCAGACGUCUGGGGCAAUUGUAUCUGCACCAUCUGGAAGUGGUUUAUCCCUUUUUAGUACACCGUCUUCUGCUCCUUCUAUGUCAUCAUCUUCUUUAUUUGCAACGCCUAGCACGUCAGCUCCAGUUUCUUCUCUUUUUGGAACUGCCGGCGCUUCUCCUCAGACACCACACUUUGGUUCUUCAUCAGCUUCUUUAUUUGGGUCUGCGUCCACUCCCUCUUUUUUCGGAAGUAGUGCUCCAUCUUUGGGUUCUGCCCCUGUUGGUGGUGCACUUUUCUCUACACCAUUCGCAUCAGGUGCUGCAACUGGAUCUGGGGCAAGCUUUGGCAAUUUACCUAAAUCAGCUAGGCCAAAGGCUCGGACAGCUCGUCGUUAGUGAGUGGGAUUCACAUGACUAACUCUGGUUUCUAUCUGACACCUCCUAAUUGUUUCCCGGCCGCCUUGAGCAUAGAAAAGCAAAAAGCUCGGAGAGGUUGCUGAAUGUGCUUCAAAGAGUUGCGAUCUGAUUCCUUUUUUGUCUUUCUUCUGUGGGAGGUACUGGAGCUCACCUCUCUUCUUCUGGGAGGUCGAAGUCAAGAACAUGUUACAAAAAUUGUGAGGGAUAUAGCGGAUCUCUUUUGUAGCUUUGAAAUUCACAUUUAGGUUUAGUGUCCGAAUACACUUCCAGUAACAUUGUAUGUAUAUCUUGUAGGAUGGCCUUUGCAACUGAAUUUCCUUGAAGAA